AUGCCUAAAACCAAAAAACAACGUCAACUGCUCGAUUUCUCACAGACAGACAACAAAAAAGCUGCGGAAAUAAAAUGUGGCCAUCCCAAACAUCAAGAAUACCUUGACACACAAAAAAUCAACGAUGGCACUGAUAAUAAAAAUCCAAAUAACCUUGUUCGAGUCCCUCAACGUAUGGUGAUGGCGCUUGAAAUCAAUAAAGACAUGAAGAUUUGUACUAGAUGUUUGUAUAAAACUGAUAAAGAUCCAAUGUAUCUCAAUCAUCCAAAAUUCGUGACGCGUAAAUCGAAAACCAAGAAAAAUCUCUUAGAGAAUCUCAAGAUUGAAAUGGAAGGAUUUAAACUUGAUGAAAAAAAAAAUACACACGGCCUUACGGAACUACGAUCUGACUUCUAUUCACAUUUUCUUUCUAAAAAGUUACUUCAAUUCACGCUCACGACAGAUCUUUCUCUUUUACUCAGGGAUGAUUCCUUUGGUGACUUGCAAUAUUGCUUCUUAAUAGCACAUACGUUCUUUGUCACAAUUGAAGUUCAUAAUUUUCAAAAGAAUAGUCCAAGAACAUUAAAUUCUCCUUCAAGUGAGGCGGAUUGUAGCAGUUGGGAAAUGGGAAUCGACGCGAAUAAUGUUGUCGAUAAUAAACUAGAAUAA